UGACGGAGUGAGUCCUCCUGUUUGCACAUUCUCUCUUUGGCUGCCUCGGCCACAAGGUGGGGCGCAAAGGCUGGAGCUGGUCAAACUUUUGUAUUGUCUCGCUUCGCGGUUUAUGGCGGAUAACUUCAUAAACAAGCCAAACAAGUACUAGCAGGUCUUCAGUGGGAGUUCUGAGCCGCUGGGCUUUUGCAUCAUGGCCUCUGGCAAAAACAAGAACCAGACAUCUCUGGCGCUCCACAAAGUGAUCAUGGUGGGCAGCGGAGGUGUGGGCAAGUCCGCCCUCACGCUACAGUUCAUGUAUGACGAGUUUGUGGAAGAUUACGAACCCACCAAGGCAGACAGCUACAGGAAGAAGGUGGUCCUGGAUGGUGAGGAUGUUCAAAUCGACAUCCUGGACACGGCGGGGCAGGAGGACUACGCCGCCAUCAGAGACAACUACUUCCGCAGCGGGGAGGGCUUCCUGCUGGUCUUCUCCAUCACGGAGCAAGAGUCAUUCGCUGCCACAUCCGAGUUCAGGGAGCAGAUUUUGCGUGUGAAGGAAGAGGAUGCCAUUCCCAUGCUGCUGGUUGGCAACAAGUCGGACUUGGAGGACAGGCGAAAGGUGUCUGUGGAGGAGGCGGCAGUGAAAGUGAGCGAGUGGGGUGUUCAGUACGUGGAGACUUCCGCCAAGACCAGAGCCAAUGUGGAUAAGGUCUUCUUUGACCUUAUGCGUGAGGUGCGCAAGAAGAAAAUGUCUGAGAGCAAAGACAAAAAUGGGCCAAGCGGGAAGAAGAAGAAAAAGCGCUGCUGCAUACUUUAACCUGGGAACACGCUAAGAACACGCUAAGAACACGCUGCUGCAGACACCUGACAAUCACGUUGCCACCAGAUGAACUGGACUUCCUGUGUUUGUUUUAAACGCCACUUUAAUCAGUGCCACAAGCGGGUCGCCUCGCUAGCCUGAAUAGUUUUAACUCACAGGAAGUCAUCUUUUCCCCAAUCAGAACACAGCUCACAGCUCUGGUCACGACUCCAAUGCUUACCGUGUGAACAUGAAAAUAAUAAUAAGUGUGUCCACUG